UUUUUUUUUAUGUUCCGUCCAUGGUCGUCGUCGUUGUCGUCGUCGUCGUCGUUUUUUUUUUAUUUUUUUAUUAUUAUUAUUAUUUCUUUUUUAGAAAAAAAAAAUAUUUUUCUUAUUUUUUAAUCUAAUUUUAUAGAUUAAUAAUUCAAUGACAAAGACAAUUACUCAAAGUAAGUAUAAUCUUCAAUACUCUUUUUCUUUUCUUUUUUUUUUCCACUGGAAAGUUCCAACUUUGAAAUUUGAGUCUUAAUGACUUUUUUUUAUUUUUUUUAACUAAGCAACAAGCUCAAUGAAAGAUGUCAAAGUCACUUUGAAGAGAAAAGAAGUAAGCGAUCAAGAACUAGAUUUGAAUAAUGAUUUAAAAAAACAAAAACCACACAAGCCAUCCAUCGUUCGUUCUCGUAUAAAUGCUGAUAAAGAAAUAUGGGACAAAGUGACUAUUUUAAAUGAAGAUUGUAGAACAUCAGGUAUUAUAUCUCGCUUAGAACCCAAUUUUAAAAAAGCAGAUACUUUAGCAGCCUAUUUAUGUAGUCCCUUUACAGAUUAUCUUUCUACUGACUACAUGGAUCUUGGAUGGGGAUGUGGUUAUCGUAAUUGUCAAAUGCUAAUGUCCUUUCUUGAAAGACAAACAGAAGAUGGUGAACCUAUUUUAAAAUGUGUAUUGGAUAUUGCAAGUAUUCAAUUACUUAUUGAAAAGGCAUGGGAAGAAGGAUUUGAUACUUUGGGAGCUGCACAAUUAGGUUAUCAAGUCUUUAAAACACAUAAAUGGAUUGGUACAACUGAAGUUUAUACUUUAUUUGCUUAUCUUGGUAUACGCUCUACUAUUAUAGACUUUCAUCGACCAGGACCUAAUCAUUUACAUCAUGAUUUAAUGGAUUGGAUUCAAUCUUAUUUUAUGGAAGAAGAUAAUAAAGAAAUAGUUUGUAUAACCAAUAAACCACCACUCUAUUUACAACAUCAAGGACAUAGUAGAACAGUGGUUGGUAUAGAAAUAUUAAAAUCUGGAAAAAGGAAUUUAAUUAUGUUUGAUCCUGGAAGAAGAGUACUACGUUCUUAUCGAUCAUCCAAUAAACAAGAAGAAGAAGAAGAAGUAGUAGAAAUAAAACAAACAAACGAACAAGAAGAAGAAGAAGAAGAAGUUGAUAUUUUAAGUAAUGAUGAUGAUGAUAAUGAUGCUAAAUCCUUAAAGAAAAGAGUGAUAGCAGUACAGAACAUGAAUCAUUUACCUUCAGGCUUAUUAAGACCUUUUAGAGUAGAUGAUAAAACAAUUGGAAAACAUAAACAAUAUCAGAUAUUAGUGUUAGGUCAAGUAAACUAUCAAGACGGUAAUAUGGUGUGGGAUUCAAAGAAGAGCUUUUUAUUAAAUGAAGAUGAAAGAGAAUCAAUGAAGAAUGUAACAAGUUUAACAGUCAUUUAAACUCACAUACCUUUCUUUCUUUCCUAGUCGUUUUAUCUCAUGUAUAUAUUAUCAUUGCUGGUUUUAUUAUUAUUAUUACUACUACUACUACUACUACAACUCUAAUAUGCAAUUACUGACAAACACAC